AGUAGCGGAAGCGUUAAGGCAGAGUGUGUCGUCAUCAGAGUGUCGCGUUAUUAAAGUGUUGACGUGCGUUCUGUUUAUUAAAUGGCUCAUAACGUGACUCCUUAAUCGUUUGUGUUUAAUGCGGACAAUAAAAUGGCCACUUUGGUUCUGGACAACGGAGCCUACACGGCGAAGAUCGGAUACAGCCAGGAGAGAGUCAGCGUCAUCCCAAACUGCCAGUUUCGCUCCAAGACGUCCAGAUUAAAAACGUUCACAGCCAAUCAGCUGGAUGAGAUCAAAGAUCCUUCAGGGCUCUUCUACAUCCUCCCCUUCCAGAAGGGUUAUCUGGUCAACUGGGACGUCCAGAGGAAAGUGUGGGAUCACCUGUUUGGAAAGGAGAUGUUUAAGGUGGAUUUCCCAGACACCAGCGUCAUCAUCACAGAGCCGUACUUCAACUUCUCCUCCAUUCAGGAGUCGAUGAAUGAGAUCCUGUUCGAGGAGUACCAGUUCCAGUCGGCUCUCAGAAUAAACGCCAGCUCGCUGGGCGCUCAUCACUUCUUCCACUCUAAACCCUCGGAGCUCUGCUGUCUGCUGGUCGACAGCGGCUUCUCCUUCACGCACAUCGCCCCCUACUGUCGCAGCAAGAAGAUGAAGGAGGGCAUCCGCAGGGUCAACGUAGGAGGGAAGCUGCUGACCAAUCACCUGAAGGAGAUCAUCUCGUAUCGACAGCUACACGUGAUGGAUGAAACUCACGUGAUCAACCAGGUGAAGGAGGACGUCUGCUACGUCUCACAGCAGUUCUACAAAGACAUGGAGGUUUCACAGAUGAAGGGCGAGGAGAACACGGUGGUGAGGGAUUACGUUCUUCCAGACUUCAGCUCCAUCAAAAAAGGCUUCUGUAAGCCGCGAGACGAGAUGGUCUUCAGCGGGAAGUACAAGACCGGAGAGCAGAUCCUGAGGCUGGCCAACGAGCGCUUCGCUGUUCCUGAGAUGCUCUUCCACCCGUCGGACAUCGGCAUCCAGGAGAUGGGGAUCCCCGAGGCCAUCGUGGACUCCGUCCAGUCGCUGCCUGAAGAGAUGCAGGCCCACUUCUACCAGAACAUCGUCCUGACUGGAGGAAACACUUUGUUCACAGGCUACAGAGAGCGUCUGGAGGCGGAGCUACGGUCGCUAGUCCCCGCCCACCUCCCCGUGUCCGUCCUCCAACCUGCAAAUCCGAUCUGUUAUUCGUGGGAAGGAGGGAAGCUGCUGGCUCACAGUCCGGACUACGACGAGAUCGUGGUGACAAGAGACGACUACGAAGAGAACGGACAUUUCAUCUGUGAAGAGAAGUUUGAUAUCUGACCCAACGAACGUCUUCACUGCAGACUCUUCUGCAUCACCGUGGACAUGGAAACAAAACAAACAGUUCAAUAGAACUGAUAAACAGGAUCUGCCUUUAAAGUGCAAAAUGGAUCAAAUUUUUUUUUUUUUCUACAGAUAUAUUUUAUUUCAGUGUGUUUUGUUUUAUACUUGUGUCUGUAACCUGUCAAACAGACACUGAGGGAUCAGACCUUUGUUGUUAUUGUUAGUAAACUCUGAAAUGACUCCUGAUAA